AGCUCACGGCCCGUUCCUCGGCUCCUCGAAAUUUGGGUCUAUCGAGAUUCGUUUUGUCUCAGUAUAAGCUUGCCUGGCUGAUGAUUGCGCACAGGGAUACGUCGAUAACUUGUGGACAUAUUGUAUAUAUGUGUGUAUAUCGGCAGGGCGCAGUCUAAGACGCCUCUCUUUCCCCUCUAUUCAUCCUCUUCCUAUUAUCUUCCACUGUGAGAUAUUAGAUGAUGGAGCUGGGGAGGAGGACUGAGAAUACGAGAGCGAAAGAAGGCCGCUCUGAGUAAGCUGAGGAAUGCUGAUCGACAAAGAAGGCAUAAAAAAGGUAUCGGGCAGACAUAUUCUCGUUCGCUAGAGUUACUCGUCUCAUCAAGAACACCCAAUAAUACCUACUUCCAUACAUCCGUUCAAAAGGAAAGCAGCGCCUGACGCUAAAGAGCAGGAGUAGUUGAGAUGGACAAGCUAUUCCCACAUUCAGAGUACCCCGAGGACCAAGAGCACUCCAAAACGAUCUUAACUAUCCACGUCCUCCGCAGCGGCCUGGCUGCUGGCUCAAUCCUCUCCGUCCUAUCGGGAACAUUGACAACACUCUACAAAGAACCAUCUGCCCUCCUCUCGUCCCGGCAUGCCAAUCGACUCCUCAUCCACGCCAGUCGCGGAAGUAUAGCUGGCUUCCUGAUCUCCGGCGUGAUGCUCACGACAACGAUGUGGGGGAAAGAAGACAUCGAGUGGCAGGACAGAGCCUGGCUUUUGCUGGGGAGUGAAGGACAGUGUGAAUUCGACAAGUGGCUUGCCGCCGGAGGAGUGCUCGGAGGCCUGGGGGCGAUGGCACUUGGGAAGGGCAGAACCGCCGCCAGCGCAGCAACAGCUAUCAAUAAGAAACCUGCCAUCGUUGUGAAGCCGCUAGAGGCUAUAACGGGCGGUAUAAGCCUGGGAACAGCAUCGGGGGCGGCUGGUUGCAUUGCAUGGAGAAUAGGGGUUCAUGGGUCAUUCUUUUAACCUAGUUAUCCUCGUUCAUAAACCCUUAACUAAUAAUAAUACUUACUCCGUACAUAUAUCACCGCUUCUACCUCUCUCUCUUUCCAGGGCUUCUACGGGGUUUACAUAUCCGAUAAUUAAUCUAUAUGUAUCACACCAAUUGUUCUAGUCUUAGCUAUAUUUGCGUCCGUCCGUAGUUUUCCGCCCUAGGGGAGCUGUAGGAUGCUAGCAUACAUGGACAUGGACAUGGUCCUAUGUAGCUCUGGAAUAGUUAUGAAUCAAUCUAGGUUAACUAUCAAUAUUACUGAUGGCUCACCUUUAAAGCCAUGGCUUCUAUGGAGUACUGAGCACAACUUUAACACGGACCAAGAGAGCCUCGGUGACCUCAUGGGUAGCUAGGUAUGUUUUGCAUUAUUGAACCCCGAAAAUAAAUAAAUGAGCUACCU